GCGGGCGGCGGGCGGGGUGGCCGAGGCCCGGCCCCGAGCUCCGGGCGGUCGCAUUGUUUUCCUCCGAGGAGGCGCGGCGCGAGUGGGGGAUGCGACCCGGACUCCCGCCUCGCCCACCGCCGCCGCGACCUGGCGCCCCGACCCCCGCGCCGGCCGGUCCCGACGCCCCUCGCGUCUGCUCGGAACCUCCGCCACGGAGCGCGAGUCCGGCGCGGUGCGGGGCCGCUGCCCGCGCGCUGCGCGCUCCGGCCCGCUGACCCGGAUCUCGGAGGCCAGCAUAUGGGUGAGGGGGCACCCCCGGGGGCCUGAGCCGCCCCUACAGGAUGCCCCGUGCCUCCUGCUUCCUGCCCUUGCUACUGCUGCUGUUCUCACUGCCGCAUCCCCAGGCUGCAUUUCCCCAGGACCCCCUUCCGCUGCUGACCUCUGACCUGCAAGGAACCUCGCCCUUAGCCUGGUUCCGGGGCUUGGAGGAGGAUGAUGUGGUCGCAGAUCUUGGGCUGGACUUCCAGAGAUUCCUGACCUUGAACCGGACCCUGCUGGUGGCUGCCCGGGACCAUGUUUUCUCCUUCGAUCUUCAGGCCCAAGAAGGGGAGGGGCUGGUGCCCAGCAAGUAUCUGACGUGGCGGAGCCAGGAUGUGGAGAACUGUGCCGUCCGGGGGAAGCUGACGGAUGAGUGCUACAACUACAUCCGGGUCCUUGUUCCCUGGAACUCUCGCACACUCCUGGCCUGCGGCACCAACUCCUUCAGCCCUGUGUGCCGCAGCUACGGGAUCACGUCUCUGCAGCAGGAGGGCGAGGAGCUGAGUGGCCAGGCCCGGUGCCCCUUCGAUGCCACCCAGUCCAAUGUGGCUGUCUUUGCCGAGGGCAGCCUCUACUCAGCCACGGCGGCCGAUUUCCAGGCCAGCGACGCGGUGGUGUACAGAAGCCUUGGGCCUCAGCCGCCUCUCCGCUCCGCCAAGUACGACUCCAAGUGGCUCCGAGAGCCUCACUUUGUCCACGCCUUGGAGCACGGAGACCAUGUGUACUUCUUCUUCCGAGAGGUGUCUGUGGAGGACGCCCGGCUGGGGCGGGUGCAGUUCUCCCGGGUGGCUCGUGUCUGCAAGCGCGACAUGGGCGGCUCCCCUCGGGCCCUGGACCGCCACUGGACAUCCUUCCUGAAGCUUCGGCUCAACUGCUCGGUCCCUGGGGACUCCACCUUCUAUUUCGACGUUCUACAGGCCUUGACGGGGCCUGGGAACUUGCAUGGCCACCCUGCCUUCUUUGGGGUCUUCACCACGCAGACCAAUAGCAUCCCCGGCUCCGCUGUCUGCGCCUUUUACCUGGCUGAUGUUGAACGUGGGUUUGAGGGCCGGUUCAAGGAGCAAAGGAGCGUGGAUGGGGCCUGGACUACCGUGUCUGAAGACAGGGUCCCCUCCCCCAGGCCUGGCUCCUGUGCAGGGCUUGGCCGGGCGGCCUCGUUCUCUUCUUCCCGAGACCUCCCUGAUGACGUCCUGACUUUCAUCAAGGCCCACCCGCUGCUAGACCCUGCCGUGCCCCCUGCCACCCAACAGCCUCUGCUGACUCUUACCAGCAGGGCCCUGCUGACCCAGGUGGCUGUGGAUGGCACUGCAGGGCCCUAUGGGAACACCACGGUCCUGUUCCUUGGCUCCAACGACGGGACGGUGCUGAAGGUGCUGCCUCCUGGGGGCCCCCAGGGGAGACACCAGCCAGUCCUGCUGGAAGAGAUCAACGCCUACAGCCCCUCCCGGUGCGGUGGCAAGAGAGCUGCCCAGCUAGCACGGCGGGUCAUAGGGCUGGAGCUGGACACGGAGGGUCACAGGCUCUUCGUGGCCUUCUCGGGCUGCAUCAUCUACCUACCACUCAGCCGCUGUUCCCAGCACGGGGCCUGCAGGAGGAGCUGCCUGGCUUCUCAGGACCCCUACUGCGCGUGGCAGAGCGCCCACGGCUGCGUGGACAUCAGGGGGCCUGCUGGAACCCAGGCGGCUCUAGCCGGGAGCCAGGAACCCGUGGAGCUUGGGGACUGUCAAGAUGGAGCGACCGGGAGUCAGUCGGGUGCCGGGGACUCUGCAUACGUGCUUCUGGGUCCUGGCCCUCCCCCCGAGACCCCCAGCCCCCCCAGUGAUGCCCAUCCCUGGCCCCAGUCUUCCACUCUCGGCGCUCACACUCAGGGCGUGCGCCGGGACGUCCCCGCAGCCCCCGCCGCCAGUGCUGUUCCCGUCCCGCUGCUCCUGGCCUCCGUGGCCGCCGCCUUCGCCCUGGGCGCCUCGGUCUCCGGCCUGCUGGUGUCCUGCGUGUGCCGCCGCACCCACCGACGCCGGAGCAAGGACGUCGAGACCCCCGGCCUGCCGCGCGCCCUGUCCCUCCGCAGCCUGGCGCGCCUGCACGGCCCGGAGCCGCCGCCGCCGCCCAAGGACGCGGACGGCGCGCAGACGCCGCAGCUCUACACCACCUUCCUGCCGCCCCCCGACGCCGCGCCCCCUCCCGAGCUGGCCUGCCUGCCCACGCCCGAGUCCACGCCCGAGCUGCCCGCCAGGCACCUGCAGCCCGCGGGCGGCGCCUGGGAGUGGAACCAGAACGGGAACAACGCCAAGGAGGGCCCGGGCCGCGCGCGGGGCGCGCACGCGGCGGGCGGGCCCGCGCCACGCGUGCUCGUGCGGCCGCCGCCCCCCGGCUGCCCCGGGCAGGCGGUGGAGGUGACCACGCUGGAGGAGCUGCUGCGCUACCUGCACGGCCCGCAGUCCCCGGGCCCCUGCGCGCCCGCGCCCGCGCCCGCCGCGCCCGGCCCCGGCCUCCUCCCGCGCGACCGCGCCCCGCCCGUGCGGCUGGACGUGCCCCCCGACGGCCAGUGCGCGGCCCCCAGCGGCCGCCCGGCGCCCGCGCCCCGGCUGGGGGUCGCGGGGGGCCGCCGGCCGCCCUUCCCCGCGCACCGCACCCCCCCGGCCCUGCUCACGCGUGUCCCCUCGGGGGCGCCCUCCAGGUGCUCGGGGGCCACGGACCGGCCCCUGCUGUACCUGGGCCGGCCCGAGAGCUACCGGGGCCGCGCCCUAAAGCGCGUGGACCUGGAGAAGCCCCCGCUGCCCCCCAAGUCCUCCUUGGGCGGGUCCCCGCCCCAGGCGGCCGUGGCCGGCGGCGGCCACUUGGACUUCUGAAGGACGUGGCCCCG